GUGCUUUGGUUAAGUCGCAUGUUCGCGGGUUUUCGUUUCAAAAAUAGGCGCACACGUAUCUACGCGCGUGAAAGUGAUCUCCGUUUUGCGUGCGGUUGAAGAUUUGCCUUGACUUAUUAUUUUCUUGAACGUAUCUACGUCAGUUCUCGGUGACGAUAAUUAUUUUCAACUUGUUCGAUCGAAUAAUUCCAAUUGGUUUUGCGGUUGAUACAAUGUGCAAAAGGUGGUUUGUGCGAAACAUGUAAUCAGAUACCUAACAGGAUUGCGAUUGGCGCCCAACAGUGCAUUGUGAAUUUUAGGCAGGAAAUCCGGUCUCGUGGAUUAGUUUUACAAGAAGAACAAACAAGUUAUACGUUGAAAAUAAUUUCAUUUCUAUAACUGGACGUUCAAUGCUGACCUCCAAACAAUCUCUUAUUUCAAUCGCGGAGCUGACCUUGCUGGGGCUGAUUGAAGUGUAUCGGUGUAAAGCGAAGAAGCAAAACAAAGAGUGUGGCCUAAAUUAAAAUGUUUAGAAAGAAAAACUAGCAAUACAGCAUGAGUGAGCUUCAUAAAAGUGAGAUAGAGGUCUUUGCCGUGUCAAAAUAACCCGUUACGUAAAGAAGUCUCUCGAUUUCGAGAAGUGAGGAAAAGUUUCCUCUUUGUUGAAGUCUUUCUUCGUUGUUACUUCGUUGAAAACUGCUUCAUAGAGCUCCAUACCUUCAAACAGUGGAGAAUCAACAAUAAAAGAAAUAAACUCUCCAUUGGCAACUAUAAACCACAUUCAUUCAUCGCGAAAUCUGCAGCAACCCCUGUUUCCAUCACCGCUCAACAAAAGUCGAAGAGCCUGUCGCAAUACCUCCAGUGGUUGUUUAUUACAAACAAUUACAACCAACCAGCAGCAUGAUGUCGUAACGACUCGCCUUGCAAUCGGCGAAAAAAGUCUAUCCACAACGCAAUCUAGUCAUAGGCAGUUCAUAUUGGCGACUGAAAUCGAUACCACCCGGCACGUGGCAAUCAUCCAACCCAUAAUGAGGGUUGGUGAAGAUGAAUUGCCCAGUCUGGAGUACAUCGAGGAUCCUUACAUUCCCAAGUUGGACAACUGCCUAACGCCGUCGUUCGACGUCAUCACCGAGUACAAUGCGGAAGAGCUUGGCGACGAGCAGACCUGGCCGGAGGAGACCGAGCUGUAUCUGAGGUCUCUCACGCUUGACCAGAUCCUCGGUGUCUCGUCGGACGAGGAUAUCGAUCCGGACUUGGAAAUGCAAACGGUGGAAACCGAAUUCAGUCCUCCGUUUCCAUCGGAGUCUUCCGAAGACAAAGAGGCACCUUCCAAACCAUCAACCGACAGCAGGACCGGUGUGGGGGUGAUGAGAAACCUUCUAGCGCAUAAGUUGCUCACAAAUCGUACAAAUAAGCUGAACAAUUUGUUCAGCAAAAAGCGGAUGCGGGACGUGCGAGUUACAUUUAUAGAUUUUUCAAAGCCGUACUUGGCGCGGAUAUCCAGCGGUGAUAAUUAUAAAAGCUUCCUAAACAUUGGGAGUGCCGUAGACAAUUCUGGAAAAUUGUCCGAUGCAUCUCCGGUCGGAUCGGUCAGCUCGGCUGAAAUUGCUCAAGAGUUUUCGGGACUCACCCUCGAGGAGCAGGAGGCACAGCGCGCCGAAUGGAGCCAGGAACUGGCUCGGGUGGAAGAGGAAAUCACCACCCUCCGGACUGUAUUGCAGUCCAAGAUUCGGCAUUCAAGCGAGCUGAAACGUAAGUUGGGCAUCACCGUGUGGAAGGAAAUAACCGACGACGUUAGCCAGGGCAUCAAGAAUGUCAAGGAAAGCAACGUUUAUCAAAGUGUCGAGACCAAAGUUGGGGAAAUCACGACGGCUGUCACCAGUGCCCCAAUUUAUCAGAAAACAGAAACAGCCAUCAAGACAACGGCGGGCAAGACUACAUCCGUCCUCGGUGGAAUCACUAGCAAGAUGACCCAAAAGAUAUCCGAGAUGAAACAAUCCGAUUCGUUCCGAUCGUUCGAAGAGCGGGUCGGAUCGGCCUACGAAAAUGUUAGGUCGAAAGUAUCCUCGCGAUCGAGUUCGGUGCAGAGUUUGUCCGAUUUGCAAAACGACGACCGCCGUAACUCCGUUACGACUCCCACGGCGAUUCCGGAGGAAAAAGCCGAUUCUUAAUAAUCUUUUUGUCGGGAACCAACACAGCUGUAUAGCAAACAGCGGUAAGUACAGAUGAAGAAAAAAAAACACUAUAGAGAGCAGUUCCACGUUUUUUGGCUACAUAUUUGUUAGGUCACAGAAAGUUUAGACAGGUCCUUACAUUUAUAUGCUAUUCUUCAGGGCACUCUAAAAUAACGUUAAGUAAAACGAAUACAUAAGACAGAAAUAUGAUAUUUUCGGAAUGUAGCGCUCUGAGAUGAGUCGAUAAACUUUAGUAGGUUGUAUAAUGUCUCAUGUUAUCGCAAAUACAUAAAUUUUACAGAUUCGUCUCACGACUCUUCUAAAAGAAAUGUAUUGAAUAAGCGUACUAUGAUUGAUUGAUUCGACAUAAACUUGCAUUUUCAUAAAUAUUCCAGGUGAAUCGAUUUAGUUUUCAAUAAUGAAUGAUAGCAUGGGAUUAUUGUACGUCCUCCGGUAGUUUAUCAGACAAGGUGCAAAGUGGAGUACAAGCUAACCAGAGAGAAGAAAUACUAAAAUUAUACCCUCUUUGAUUUACACCGCCGCCUUGUCGGCUAAUUAACCCUACUUUACGAUAUCACACGAGUCCAUUAGACAGAGUAGAAACGAAGCCACUUUAUUUUCUCAUCUUGAAGUAUACAUAUAAAACCACACAAUAUAAAAAUACUGAAUGUGCCUAAUUGUAGUGUUUUUCCAUAGUGAAACUCGUGAAUAGCUUUGGUUUUCGGUGAAGUUUAACGCCUUUCCCGCACACGUAUGUGUACUUAAAGAUGUGUGUUAUUCCUGACAAUUGAUAUGGCCAACUUUUUCGUCUAUUUUUUCGCCCUUCUAAUAGGAGCUUACAGAAUCAUAUAAGCAGAAAACAAUAUUUUUUCCUUAAUGCUACGUCAAUAAGACUAUACAUAAUAUUUAAUUCUAUUUAGGCUAAACUAAAUAUAUAUACCAUA